AUGCAACAGCUGCCCUACGUCGUCGUAACCAAUCCGCACAUCAGCGAAGUCUACGACCUCUACUACAACGCAUUCGACCAAUUGCGCAAACUCAAAGAAAUCAAGACGCUUGAGGACAACGAGAAACUAUGCGACAUCAUCCGCCACAACCUCAAGGGCCACCUGACCGUCAUACCCAAGCUAGCUAUGGGCAUCCUCGAGUGCGGCGGGCUCAUGGAUCCCCAAGAUCUCGACAAAUUCAUGAACACCAUCCUUACUCGUAUACCGGAGCCAGAAAAAAGAAUAAAAAGAACUCACGCCCCGAAGCGAAUCUCCCGCCGCGUCAUCGCCGAGCAGCACCUGUCCCUCACCGAAACCUUCAACUCACCCUACUUCUCGCCCGGCGCGAAACUCUCCGAAUCCGACUUCAUCGGCGAAGUCUUUAUCAAAUGCUCCGCCAAGGACGUCAUCACGCGGUGCGCCAAAGCCGUUACGGCCCUCGCCCGCUCCACCAACGGCCCGGACGCGCCCAUACCGGACGUCAACGUCGUCGGCCACCUCGACGCAAGCUUCCCCUACAUCCUCAGCCACAUCGAGUACAUUGUCGGCGAGCUCCUCCGCAACUCGGUCCAGGCCGUUGUUGAGCGACACCAGAAACAACGGAACCCCUCGCCCGCCCCUCCCCCCGUCGAGGUCACCAUCUGCGAGGCCCAAGAACACGUCAUAUUCCGCAUAUCCGACCGCGGCGGCGGCAUCCCCCGCGCCGAACUACCCUACCUGUGGUCCUUCUCCAAGGGUCCGCAGUCGGCCAAGCGCCUCGAGAACCUCGGCCAGGUCCCUCGCAUGGCCGCCACAAUGGAGGAGCUCCACGUCGAGGACGAGCUGGGCCGCGCCGACCUCAAGGCCCCUGCCGCCUACCAGAGCUCCCUCUCCUCGCUGACCAGCAGGCCUCCCAACCUGCGACUGGGCAUGGGCCUGCCGCUGAGCAGAGUGUACGCAGAGUACUGGGCCGGCAGUCUAAACCUGCACAGUCUCGAAGGCUACGGCGUGGAUGCGUUCCUGCAGAUAUCCAGACUGGGCAAUAAGAAUGAACAGCUUGUUACGAGAGCAAGCAUGGACUCUGUCUAG